CCAAAGAAGGAAGAAUUUAGUCUCGUUCACCAUGGCAGAGACUCACAGCUUGCAGGACAUGAGGCAGCAGGCUGCCAUCACUGCCAAAGUCUUCAUUCAGAGAGAUUACACUAAUGGCACCAUGUGCCAGUUCCAAACCAAGUUCCCCUCUGAGCUGGAGACCAGGAUUGACAAACAGCAGUUUGAGGAAACGGUGAGGGCGCUGAACAACUUGUACACUGAGGCGGAGAAGCUGGGAAGCCAGUCGUAUAUUGAAGGCUGUUUGGCCUGCCUCACAGCGUACACCGUCUUCCUGUGUAUGGAGACGCACUAUGAGAAGGUUUUGAAGAAAAUUGCAAAGUACAUUCAGGAGCAGAAUGACAAGAUCUAUGCACCACGAGGCUUACUGCUUACUGACCCCAUCGAGAGAGGCCUGCGGGUCAUUGAAAUCACCAUCUUUGAAGACAGAAGCCUGACUAGAUAAAAGCUAACAUGCAGCUGUUUGGCUGAGCAGAGUUGCAGGGUCUGCAACAGCCAUCAUCAGAGCCCGCCUCCCUGAGGACUACCCAGACCUGCAACCUUAAUACUGCGUCUCUACAAUCUAUCAUCCCUAUCAUAUGCAUGUUCCAUUCAGAGCGUCCUUCAAGACUAAGUUUGAGAAUUUGUUCCUGGCACUUUUUAGCAUUCUUUCUUGCUUUUCUGUCCCUAUUGAUAAACUGAAUAUUGAAGUCUGUUAAAUGCUUGUAUUCACCUGGCAACCAUGUCCCCUUAAAAGAAAAUUACUUCUCAUUCAACUAAAAUGCAUUCUUAAUCUGGUUUCACGGGAUGUUUUUUCUCUCAAGAUAUAUUAUAAUUUCAAAGAGUGACAAACUCUUGUGAGGCAGGUGGUUUGCUGGAGGUAUUGUAGAAAAGAGUCCUUGUGUGGGAUUUUUAUUUGUUUAUUUCUUCUUUUUUUAAACUUUUCUUUUCUGGUUAGGUUUAGGCACUAAAACUGCUACUUUGUAGAAGUAGACAUAGCUCAGGGUCUGAAAAAUGAAGUCAAUUCAGAAGUGCCUUAAGCCUGCAUUCUUUUAAAUGGCCUGCAGGGGGCGACUCCUCUGGUUGCACAGAGAAGUCCAAUUGAAUGGAAUUCAAAGGAGAAAUGAGCCUGCUGAUCACUUGAUUUAAACACUUUCCUUAUGAGUUUAUGGUCUCAAUCACAAUUAAUAUGAUGUGGUGUUCAUUUAGUAAUUUUGGUCCCAUUUUGGGUCAAAUAAAAUAUUAAGCAUUCUUAAUGGUUUUAUUAUUUAUUGUGCAGCUACAUUUUGUUUGGCUAGUUGCUGCCAUAAGAGCAAGUAGCACGCUCAGUUUCUUGGCUAUAACUCGAGAGUCCUCAAACAGGCUGUUGGCAGCGUGGUGGCUACUUCUUUUGCUACUUCGUUUUGCCCCCUCAUAUAUUUGAUUUGUCAUCUGACAUGGAAAGCAAGACGAGUACCCAUAUAUAUGUGAAAUGUCACAAAUGUUAGCCCAGUGAAUUGUUGUUUGCUUUGAGACAUAGUAGAAUGCAGUUUAGUUGUAUGGAAAGAUCAUUUUUAGGGGACUAGGCUUUUAGCUGGACUAAAAUGCUAAAAGUCUUCGAGAGAUUCCGAAUUUAUUGACAUUCUUUAAGCAGUUAUAUUUUGGACUAUAAAUAUGUUUUGUGAGGACUAUGAGCUUUUAUAUAUGCCUGUCCUUUUCAGAAGGUCCUUUUUAAAUAAUAAAGCUGACAAACAGGGUAACUAAUUUUUAUGACACUAUGGAACACCCAUGCUUUAAGGAACUGUUCGAGAAGGAACUGAGAGCACUGGUUAUCAGUGCUGCAUGCCUUAGCUCCCAAUUUGUUUGCUUUAUUUUUACUGAUGUAUUUUUUAGGUGCUUGGUAUUUUAAUCAGCAUGUUUCCCUGCCAGGUGUGAGGUUAUAAUUUACAGCUCUCGACAUUCCAGUCAGUCACAGAUUAGAAGUUUAAUGUAUAUCACUGAUUGAUUUAUAUGGAAGCUUGUUUCCACCACUGGAAAAAAAAAUGCCAUCAAUAACUCGAAAUUUGGAGUUUGGUAUCUAAACAUUUCGAGUUAGUAAGUCAAAAUUUUAAGAAAAUAACUAAAAAUUUCUUAAGAGCUUGAAAAAAGGCAGCUGGGCUUCUUUAAGUUUCUGAAGAUGUUUCACCUCUCAUGCAUCUGCUUUAGUUCUAAAACCGAAAGGUGGAGAGUCCCAAGUAUUUGAACCCUAGUGGGGUUUGUCCCCUUUGGAGGUUGUUGUUGACCCGCUAUUGAUCAUGUGCAUAAUCACAUGAGCCAAGGCCUAAAAAAAAGGGCAUAGGUACCACCCGGGGUUUUGGGCAAAACCACUGUGAGACCUUGCCCCACCCUAUCGUGAGCUAUUGAGGUCACCCGAAGAAAGGUAUGAGUGGGAGUAGAGGUGCCUAGGAAGGCAUUUCAAGACUGCAUUAUAUGUGGCUGGCCGCUAGUGUCAUAAGGCACCACCUUUGUUCAGUGAUGGUCAUUCACAGUGGACAUUGAUGGCUUCUUUUACUCCACAUUUUGGAGUACGAAGACAGAUGGUUUGAAAGGGAAUACUGGAAUCCUCAAAAGAGUGUCCUUUAUUCUUUAGAUGCAGAUUUACAGCUGAGGCUUAUCCUGUUAAGGUGGCUUUCCUAUGUUGCGCUAUGCAUUUAUGGAGUGGCUGUUUGGUUUCACCAGUGUCGAUGUCUGAGGACUCCUCAGUGCACUGCACAACACACACUAUGCUGCCUAGCUUGUGUUUGGCAGGUUUGUCCUUUCGAUGAACCAGUUUUUGUCUUUGAGUGUUGCUGGAUAUGAAGAACACUGGGAUGUCAUGCCUGGAGAAAAUUCCCCUGACUUUCUCUGACAAACCUGCUACAUAAGGGAAGAUAAUGCUGGUCCAUUUGUCAUUCUCUUUCUCCCUAGCUGGUGUCUGACCUUGUUUCCUGUGCAUCUUUGCUGAUUUAAUGAAGUCCCAGAUGGUAUAAUCACAUGGUUUAAGAGCUUUCUUAAUACAGUCAUGGCCGAAAAUGUUGGCACCCCUGAAAUUUUUACAGAAAAUGAAGUAUUUCUCCCAGAAAUUUUGCAGUUACACAUCUUUUGUUAUGCACAUGUUUAUUUCCUUUGUGUGUAUUGGAACAAUACAAAAAACAGGAGAAAAAAAAAGCCAAAAUUCAUAAUUCUGUGCAAAACUCCAAAAAUGGGCCACACAAAAUUAACUUAACCCUAUGACGCCAGCGAUUGCCGCUGAAGCACCUGUUGCGUGCCCUUACCUGCCAUGAACAGCUGUUUAAGGGACUUUGAAUUACCAUAAUUCCGUGACUGUUUGUCCUAUUGGAAAAAUUCCAACAGUCUGAAAGCUGAGAUAUUGCACUUCACAUACAAUAUAGGGUCAUUACGGUAAUUGUUGCCAGAAGUCCGCAAACGGCAGCCCUUUUGAAAUUUGACAUGUGUUGCGUUUGACAUGUUUGGAGGUAUAAGGUUAAUAUUUGGUUGCACACCCUUUGGAAAAAAAUAACUGAAGUCAGUCACUUCCUAUAACCAUCAACAAGCUUCUUACACCUCUCAACUGGAAUUUUGGACCACUCUUCUUUUGCAAACUGCUCCAGGUCUCUUAUAUUUGAAGGGUACUUUCUCCCAACAGCAAUUUUAAGAUCUCUCCACAGGUGUUCAAUGGGAUUUAGAUCCGGACUCGUUGCUGGCCGCUUUAGAACUCUCCAGCGCUUUGUUUUCAUCCAUUUCUUUGUGCUUUUUGAAGUAUGUUUGGGGUCAUUGUCCUGCUGGAAGACCCAUGACCUUGAACGCAAACCCAGCUUUCUGACACUGGGCCCUAUAUUGUGACCCAAAAUCCUUUAGUAAUCUUCAGAUUUCAAGAUGCCUUGUACUCAGUCAAGGAAACCAGUGCCAGAGGCAGCAAAAAAAUCCCAAAACAUCUUUGAACCUCCAUCAUAUUUGACUGUAGUUACUAUGUUCUUUUCUUUGUAGGCCCCGUUCUGUUUUCAGUAAACAGUAGAAUGAUGUGCUUUACGAAAAAGCUCUAUCUUGGUCUCAUCUGUCCACAAGACAUUGUGGACAGAUGAGAUUUUGUCUUACUCACGUACAUUUUGGCAAACUGCAGUCUAGCUUUUUUAUGUCUCCCUGCCAUAGCGUUUCCUUUCAUUCAAAUGUUGACAUAUAGUUCGCGCUGACACUGAUGCACCCUGAGCCUGCAGGACAGCUUGAAUUUCUUUAGAACUUGAUUGAGGCUGCUUAUCCACCAUCCAGACUGUCCUGUGUUGCAACCUUUCAUCAGUUUUUCUCUUCUGUCCACGUCCAGGGAGAUUAGCUACAGUGCCGUUGGCUGUAAACUUCUUGAUUAUGUUGCACACCGUGGACAAAGGAACAUAGAGAUCUCUGGAGAUGGACUUGUAACCUUGAGAUUGUUGAUAUUUUUCCAUAAUUUUGUUUCUCAAGUCCUCAGACAGUUCUCUUCUCCUCUUUCUGUUCUCCAUGUUUAGUGUGGCACACACAGACAUACAAUGCAAAGACUGAGUCAACUUCUCUCCUUUUUAUCUGGUUUCAGGUGUGAUUUUUUUAUAUUGCCCGCACCUGUUACUUGCCACAGGUGAGUUUAAAUGAGCAUCAAAUGCUUGAACCAAAGUUUUUUACCUGCAUUUUGAAAAGGUGCCAACAAUUCUGUCUGGCCCAUUUUUGGAGUUUCCCCUCUUUUUUUAGUGUUUUUCCAAUACACACAAAGGAAAUUAAUAUGUGCAUAACAAAUUGUGUGAUUGCAAUCAUUUUCUGGGACAAAUACUUCAUUUUCUGGAAAAUUUUCAGGGGUGCCAACAUUUUUGGCCAUGGCUGUAUAUGUGUGUUCCUUUUUGUUUCCUUCCACCGCUUGGUGUUGCAGGAUCCUGAUCACCCCAAAUUUGUAUUCCAGUGGUUGGUAGGAGUCAAAAAGUAGGUACUGGUCUCUGUGUGUGUGGUCUUCUGGUAAAAUUCAGUAUUGAGACUUCAGUCUUCCUCACUGAGUACAGCACAGUCAAGGAAUGGUUGCUAUCUCCCCUAGUGAACUGUUUUUAUCCUCUGAGUUGAGGUGCUCAGUGAAGUCUUCUACUUCUUGGGCUUUGAUUUUAACUCAGGCGUCAUCCACAUAUCUGUACUAGUGGCUGUUGUGGAAGGAGCUGUCUUGCUGUAGUCAUUUUCUGACCACCUCCACUGCCUCAGUUGUAUGUAUACAAGUGAAAAGUGAAACCUCAUCAAAGGACACUAUGGUUUCAUCUGGAUUCAGCACAAGUUUGCAGGCCUAGUUGGUGAAGUCAGUGAAGUUUUUAAUGUGACAGAAUGUGUUACCCACAUGCGGAGCUAAGAUGGUGGCAAGGUGCUUGGAAGUGUUGUAGGUGGGUACGUUUUUAUUGAUAACGAUGGGUCUGAGUGGGACUCUUUUGUGGAGCUUCGGAAGGCCACAUAGUGUAGCACCUGUAGUAACAUCUAGGGCAGUCAAUGGCUUUUUCCUUUCAAGUUGUUGUAGGCAACAGAUGACUUUCUUCUUGUUGUUGGUUGUGGGGUAGGAAUAUGAUCAAUAGUGGUUCAACAACCACCUCCAAAGGGGACAAACUCCUCUAGGGACCUGGCACUUGCCACAUUUUGAUUUUUAGGACUGAAUAGGUCUCUCGAGAAACCUAAAGACGUCCAGUUGCCUUUUUUCAAGUUCUUAGGACUACCAUGACCUGGAUGACUGAGAACCUACAUAGAAGCUCAAAAUUUCGAGUUAAUAAGUUGAAAUUUCAACUUGCCUCUGCCAGUCAAGAAGUUCCGUGAAGAUACAUUGUUUCCUCGUUUACCCAGAAGUAGAAGUCGGAAGGCAUCAGCUGUCCAACAGUUCAACAUGAACACAAUGAUUCCAUACUUUUUAUGCAGUUAUCAUUCACUGGAAGACAUUUCAAGAUGAAGAACCUGAUACCAAUUUGUUCAUAUUUGCAAUACACUGGUAGCUCACUGAUGCUGUAGCUACUCGAUUUUGAGUGCACAUGCAUCUGCACAAUGUGCUUCCUUCCAGAUAACAAAUGAUGUUUUUCAUGGAGCUUUCUGAUUGGCUGCGAUAAUUCAAAUUUUUUUGAGUUAUUGACUUGGAAAUUAGAGAUACUUAACUCGAAAUUUUGAUUUUUUUUCCUCCAAAUUUCAACUUAUUAACUCAGAAUUUUGAGUUAUGGAUUACCCUUUUUUGCAGUGGUGGAAAUAAGCUUCCAUAGAUUUAAGAGAUUCUUCUCUGUAUUGAGAAACCCAAACUUGUGCCUGCUCUGUAUUUAGCAUGUCGUACUGUAAAUGCAGUUCCUUGAGUCAUGGUUGUUUUCUUUGAAAACUGCUAUGCAUAGGGUUUGGUGAUUACUGUUUUCUUUUUUUUUUUUUUUUUUUGGACUCAUGUUCAAUAAGCAUAUACUGUAUUCAUAUAUUGUGAGCUUGCCUUUGAAGUAUUAAAAGUGCUCUUGUUAGUUGACAGUGGUAUGAGGCUUUGAAUGUUGUUUGUAAGUAACACCAGGUUUUAAACAGUAACUGUGCAUCUCAGUCCUGACUAAUCUGUACAUUUCUGAAGUUCUUCAGACCCACAGCCUCAGUGGGAAGAGCAAAUCAUUUGUUUUGUUCAUGCUAACAUGCUGAUAUCCAACACUACAAUUCUUGUUCUGUGGAGAACCUCAGCUCAGUUUUUGUUAAGUAUUUCCAAAGGUUAAACCGCAUGUACAGCCGAUUGUGUUUCUCUUGUGAAUGUGGUCUGACGGAAGCAUCUUGUAAAAAGUCUAUAUGUUGAAGUAAUGACCUUUUGAAUGCCAUAAUUAAAGGAUCAUCAAUAACAAAGAUUUGUAAUUUUUUAAUAAAUGUUUCUUUAUUUUUUUUAAUUUACUGAUGUCAUUUAUUUAUAUUAUAUUUGAACUCAGCUGAUUGUUUUUUUUUUGUUUUUUUUGCUUUUUUUU